GUCAACAGGAGAAAGUAGUGGCAAUUACCUUUACUUUUUUUUUUUUUUGUUUUAUAUUAUUUUUAUUCGUUUACGAUGUAUACGUUUCUAAGUGGACUCUACAAGCACCUUACACGACGAGAGGCAUAUUAUAUUGUUAUUAUUGGGCUCGAUAAUGCUGGAAAGACUACAUUACUAGAAAGGAUUAAAUCUAUAUUCCUUGGAGUACCAGGAUUACCACCAGAAAGAAUCGCCCCAACAGUUGGAUUGAACAUCGGAAGAAUUGACAUUGGAGGCGCUAGAAUCAAUUUUCAGGAUCUUGGAGGACAGACUGAUUUACAAUCCAUUUGGGAACGUUAUUAUCGGGAAUGUCAUGCCAUUGUCUUUGUUGUAGACUCAUCUGAUCCAGAGCGUAUCGAGGAGUGUAAAAAUGCUCUUGAAAAAGUAAUUAUGGAUGACACAGUGGAGGGAGUCCCUGUGCUUAUGUUGGCAAAUAAACAAGAUAUGCCUACAGCUUUAAGGCUUGAACAAAUCAAAGAGAUUUUUAAUCAGAUUGCAGAGCGACUCGGGGCUCGUGAUUCAAGAGUGUUGCCCAUUUCAGCAUUAGAGGGCACAGGAGUGAAGGAAGCUGUCGACUGGUUAUUCUUGCGCGUUCAAAGAAACAAGGCCAAUAGACCGCCCAUCAUUAUCUCGCAAUGAAAGGGGUGGACUUUUCUCAGUUUAGUUUGAAAUUAGAACAGAACAAAAUAAUUAAAAUAAAUAUCCCGGA